CAGUCGAUCGUCUCGACACGCACUGCUCGCGGGAAGUUCCCCCUGAAGUCCUUGGUAUCAACGACCACCUUGACGGCCGAUCCAGGCAGGCCCAACUUCACGAUGACCCAGUCGACAUGGCCUCGUUGGCGGGAGCGUGCAGUCUCCCAUCCAUCGCCCAUGUCCUUCCCUCGCCCGGGCAGCAGGAGGUUAGAUGCCGGCGUAAAAUGCUGGUUGCUCGCAGCCAGGGCCAGUCCACCCAUCAGCGCCGAAGAGAGCUCUUCCACGGGGUGAGCCUGGCCCUGAGCCGAUGCUAGAGACGGUGGCAGGGCGUGGCCGUAGAGUCUGAGCCUGGAGAACCCGCCGUCGGGAUACAUGCGCACUCUGAUAUGUGUCAACGGGCCGGUUGGCUUGGGCAGUUUCCAGGCCUGACGCAUCGAGGGGCCGCAUGGCUGCUGCGGCAGGAUGGUCUCCCAUCUGGAGAAGCUGUCACUGAUCAUCUCUUGCUCGCUUGCGGCCGAUGCAGGGUCGGCGGCGGGCAGAUACGCUGCCUCGACGAGGACAUGCUCGCCGUAGUUGCCGACGAAGUAUGCGGUAUCGAUCUCGAUUCCCUCGAUGAUCCCACUGCCUACACCGAGCUUGAUGAGUGCCCAGUCGUACUCGGCGGGGUUAUGGCGUCUGGUCUCCCAUCCGUCGUACCAGGCCCCUGUGUGGACGAAGACGCCUGGCCUGUGGAUAGGGGCGCCGGGGGUGAGCAGGUUCGAUGCGGCGGCGAAGUACUCGUCGCUACAGGCCAGGACAGUCGAGUUCAGGGCAGAUGAUGCUAGAUUGGUCGUCUUGGAGAAGCACUUGUCUAUCUCCUCACGGGGAACGCUGGCGGCCAUGGUCGAUUAUACAGGGAGAGUAAGUAUGUAUACAACAGCUUGCUCGUUGAUAUUGCUACUUACCUUGAACAGGGACAGUCUUCUCCCUCUUAUACUUGCUAUACCGAGGGCAAGACAAGACGGCAACCCCCGCGAGAUCUGCUAACUAACGCCCAGUU